AUGGUUGCCGCUUCAGCCACCCGUAAUAUGCUCCAUCAAUAUGGCCGCAAGGCUUUGGGCAUUUCGUUCAUCGCUUCGGUUGCUUCCACCGCUGUCUUCUUCUUCGGAUACGUUCAACCAAGACACGAGAAAUACGAGCGUUUCUUCGCGUGAGUUUGAAUUUUUUGGUGGGAAAUUUUGGAAAAUUGAUUUUUUUUUUUGAAAAUAAGAUAAUUUUUAAUUUUGCCACGUGAACUUCGCUAAUAUUUUAGAAAUUAAUUUUUAAUAACUGUAUUUUUUUAUUUAAGAUUUGUGAGCUUUUGAUUUUAGAAGUCAUCAAUUUCACAAAAUUUGUAAUUUUUAAUGAAAAAUUUGCAUUUUUUAUUUACAGGACAUAGAUUUUCAAUAAUUUUUUAGGCUCAAAAAAUAUCAUUGUCCUAUUAGUUUUAUAUAUUUUUUCUGAAGAAAAUGUGAAUUCUAGUUUCUAGAAAAAUCUCAAUUUCAAAUUCCCAACUCGAAUUUUUUGAAAUGCAGAAAAAUUGUUGUGUUCUAGAAAAAUUUAUUUCAAGACCAUAUCCCAAGUUGAUUUUAUAAGACGGACUUAAAUUUCAGCCUUUCAUACCAACAAGAAAUCUGUAAUUAUAUCAAAAAUUUCCCCAUUUUUUCCUCCUUCUUCCAAAAAACUCAUUUUGCACCAGUUUUUUGUCAAAUCCGAAAAUACAUCUAAUCCCAAUAAUCAUUCAAAGUAUAAUCUAUUUGUGUAGGCGAAAAACAUUUGGGAUUAAAUACGUCAAUGAAAAUUUUCGGGUAGUUGGGAAAAAUCACGUUUCCCCCUAUGAAAAUCCAAAAAAACCAAUCGAUAUUUCUUGCAGCAACUACGAUCCAUACACCCGUAUGCGCGAGAUUUGCGAGGCCAACAAGGGCUACAUGCACACCUGCCCACAAGAAUUGGCCAAAUUGUACGAGGAGAAGGGAAAAACCAUUGCCGAUUUGUAG